AUGAGUCACUGGCAUCCAGCUUUGACUGUUUUCUUAGCACCAUCCAUUGUACAGCCUCUGCCCUCUUACUCCGGUUUCUCUCACCUGGAAGCCCUCACAUUGCUUUUCCUGAAUCCUUCCCUUCAAGGCCUGGACCAAGUUCUGCCGCCUCAAGGACACGUCUGUAAAGAGAAAUUACAGGGCUCAGCCAAAGACAUUGCCUCUAGCCAAUUUGCUAUGAAUCCUCCCUUACACAGCACUGCUAUCUAUGCUGAUGAUGAAGAAUUCUCCGGGCACUGUAGCUCUUCCAUCCCUUCCACUCCCCAAGGAAAGGAAGGGAAAAGAAGUUCAAACAGUUCUGAAAAUGAAGCGAGUGGAAAUGAAUCUAUACAAAUUAGUGCCAAAAAGCCAAGAAAACCCCAGCCCAUUAGUGAUGAGUCUGAGAGCUCUGAAGAAGAUGAUAUAAGAAGAAAAGUUAAGCCGGUAGAGAAAACAAGCACACAACAACAAGAAGCUGUUCCAGCUGUGGCACCUUUAGAACUCUUUGAGAAACCAGCCAAGUCAGUCACUCCUCAGAGGUCAUGGGGCCCCAGUUCCCAGGCCUCUGCUGAGAAAGAGACUCAGGCAACACAAAGGCAACCGAAAACUCAGAAAAGAAAGAACAUGUCUCCUAGCAAAAGGAAGAAAGCAAGAAAAGAAGCUACAGACUCAGAUACUUCUGGAUGUGUACAUAUUUGGUGUCUAGAAGGAAAGAAAACCAGUGACAUCAUGGAGUUAGAUAUCAUUUUGUCUGCAUUUGAGAAAACCUUCUUGGAGUAUAAACAAAGAAUAGAAUCAAAAGCUUGUAAUGAAGCUAUCAAUAAAUUUUAUUUUAAUAUUAAAGAAGAACUCAUCAGAAUGCUCAAAGAAGUCCAGAUGUUGAAAAAUCUGAAAAGGAAGAAUGUUAAGAUGACUUCUGACAUGGAAAGGAAAAGGCAGCGUUUGAUUGAAGUACAGGAUGAACUGCUUCGGUUAGAACCACAGCUGAAACAACUACAAACAAAAUAUGAUGAACUUACAGAGAGAAAGUCAUCUCUUAGGAAUGCGGUGUAUUUCUUAUCUAAUUUGAAACAGCUUUACCAAGAUUAUUCAGAUGUUCAAGAGAAGGAACCUAGGGUAAAGGAAAUGUAUGAUUCAUCCAGCCUUCCAGCUCUGUUAUUUAAAGCAAGAACCCUUUUGGGAGCAGAAAACCAUCUGCAAAACAUCAACCAGCAGUUAGGGAAGCUCCUUGACCAGAAAUGAGAAGACAGGUCUACUGAAAUGUGCCUGUACAAAGAGUUCUCAUCAUACUGCUACCUUCAGAAACUGGACUUUUAUAAAUAAAACUUCU